GAGAGCCCAGAGAGAGGGAGAGAGAAGAGACGCCUUCAGCAUCCCGUCUCCAGCCCCCCAGUGCAGGGCUUGUCAGGGCAGCCGCUGGCCAUGAGGGGCAUUGUGUCCAGGCUCCAGGGGAAGCCGGCUCUCCCCAGCUGCUGAGGCAGCCUGAGACUGAAGAACAAACCCAGUGGACCUGCAAGAGGAGUGAACUAGUUGGUCAGGAAAACCCACCAACUGAACAGCCUGCAAGGCUGCUCCACAGCCUCUUCCAGUAAGGGUUCACUGACUCCUUGAGCGCAGGCAACAGCAGGAUGAAAAUAAGUUGUAUGAAGAAGUUUCAAACACAAAACAGGUCUUGCUGAGCUGAGCAUCGAGGGGAGAUUAGAGUGAGACAAGGGGAAGCUUGGACACAUAAUGCCUGAAGUAUGGAUGUGAAAGAACGCAGGCCUUACUGUUCCCUGACAAAAAACAGGCGGGAUAAGGAGCGUCGCUUCACAAGCUCAUCAGUGGACAACGACGAUUGCCGAGUACCCACACAGAAAUCCUACAGCUCCAGCGAAACACUAAAAGCGUAUGAUCACGAUACAAGACUUCUGUAUGGAAACAGGGUCAAAGACUUGGUUCACAGGGAGGCUGAUGAGUACACAAGACCAGGGGCAAAUUUCUCCCUGAGGGAGCUGGGAAUCUGUGAGCCUGCCACUCGCCGGGGCCUGGCGUUCUGUUCGGAGAUGGGGCUCCCCCACCGAGGAUACUCCGUCAAUGCAGGCUCCGACGCUGAGACGGAAAAUGAAGGCGUGAUGUCCCCAGAGCAUGCCAUGAGGCUGUGGGGCAGGGGGGUCAAAUCCGGACGCAGCUCCUGCCUAUCCAGUCGUUCCAAUUCAGCCCUCACACUAACCGACACGGAGCACGAGAACAACAAGUCAGACAGUGAGAACGGUCCUCCCAUGCCAUCCUCCUCUUCCUCGUCCAGUCCAUCAGCCAUUGCGCAGUCUGGUUCCCCAGUUUCAUCGCCCAAUGCCAAUGGCAACCAAAGACGGCUGCUAGGCAACAACAACACUCAGCCGGCUCAUGAGUCUGACACAGAUGAUGAGGAAUACAAUGCAAAUUCAUAUCUAGCUCAGGCCAGUUCAGGCACAGUGUGUGUGGCCAGUAAUGAGCAACCACCCGCCCAGCAGAGCCAGUCGACGUUACAGCCAGUGCCCGCUGUGCACAAGCAGCACCUGAGCCAGCAGCACCCUUCCAUCACCUCACUCAACCGGAACUCACUGAGCCAGAGGAGGAACCAGAGUCCAGCCCCCACCGCUGUCCUGCCCAGCGAGCUGCCCACCACGCCGGAAUCCGUUCAGCUGCAGGACAGCUGGGUUCUCGGCAGCAAUGUGCCACUGGAGACCAGAAAAUUAGCAAAGCAGGCAGUUCUUGAGAAUGGGCAUGACAACCUUAUAGAGAUGGAUGUUUUUACUCCACCGUGUCAUGAUGGGAGUUACGGGGACGGGCAUUUCCUCUUCAAAACCGGAACAGGAACGACGCCAUUGUUCAGCACAGCCUCGCCUGGUUACACCAUGGCCUCAAGUGCCGUCUAUUCGCCACCUCCACGUCCACUGCCGAGGAACACUCUUUCCAGAAGUGCUUUUAAGUUCAAAAAAUCGUCCAAGUACUGCAGUUGGAAGUGCACGGCCCUGUGUGCAGUUGGUGUGUCAGUCAUACUGGCGGUGCUGUUAUCUUACUUCAUAGCAAUGCAUCUACUCGGCCUGAACUGGCAGCUGCAGCAGGUCGAAAAUUACAUGUUUGAAAACGGAAAAGUGAAGACAGAGAGCUCACCAACUAAUGCAGUAACAUCAACAUCUGGCGAUAGUGGGAAGCUUGGCAUCACCUAUCAAGAAAACAACACCAUAGAUUCAGGUGAGGUUGACUUGGGCCGGUGGGCGAUACAGGAGGUGCCUCCUGGUGUCUUUUGGAGAGCUCAACUUUUUAUUGAUCAACCCCAAUUCCUGAAAUUCAACAUAUCCCUUCCGAAGGAUGCAUUGAUUGGAGUAUAUGGCCGGAAAGGACUUCCUCCUUCACACACUCAGUAUGACUUCGUCGAGCUACUUGAUGGCAGCAGAUUGAUCGCCAGGGAAAAGCGCAGCCUGACUGAUUCCGAGCACAGAAGACGGCACAUCAGGGCAGUGAGCAUCCAGGAGGCCGGCUUCGUCCAGUAUCUUGACUCAGGGGUCUGGCACCUGGCUUUUUACAAUGAUGGGAAAACUCCUGAGCACGUGUCCUUUAAUACUAUUGUCAUAGAGUCUGUAGUGGAAUGUCCACGAAACUGUCAUGGAAACGGGGAAUGCGUUUCUGGAGCUUGUCACUGUUUCCCAGGAUUCUUUGGACCUGAUUGUGCAAGAGCAACAUGUCCAAUAUUAUGUAGCGGUAAUGGCCAAUAUUCCAAGGGACGUUGCCUCUGUUACAGUGGCUGGAAAGGGACCGAGUGUGACGUCCCCUCAACCCAGUGCAUUGACCCUUUGUGUGGAGCACACGGCGUCUGCAUCAUGGGCUCCUGCGUUUGUAACUCGGGUUACAAAGGAGAAAUGUGUGAGCAAGCGGACUGCUUUGAUCCAACCUGUUCGAACCAUGGCGUCUGUAUCCAUGGGGAAUGCCACUGCAGUCCGGGAUGGGGCGGUUCAAACUGUGAAAAUUCCAAAACCAUGUGCCCUGAUCAGUGCUCUGGUCACGGGACCUAUCUUCAGGAGAGUGGUUCCUGCACUUGUGAUCCAAAUUGGACAGGCACAGACUGCUCAGUAGAGAUUUGUGCCGUGGAGUGUGGAACUCAUGGCAUUUGCCUGGCGGGUGCCUGUCGAUGUGAGGAAGGCUGGACUGGCGCAGCUUGUGACCAGAGAGCUUGCCACCCUCGCUGCUUGGAGCAUGGAACCUGCAACAAUGGCAAAUGCGAGUGCAACCAAGGCUGGAAUGGUGAACACUGCACCAUUGCACACUUUCUGGAUAAGAUAGUUAAAGAGGGUUGUCCUGGCCUUUGCAAUAGUAAUGGAAGGUGUACCCUUGACCAAAAUGGCUGGCACUGUGUUUGCCAGAUGGGGUGGAGAGGUGCCGGGUGUGAUGUUGCCAUGGAGACUGCAUGCUCUGAUAGCAAGGACAACGAAGGAGAUGGUCUGAUCGACUGUAUGGAUCCAGACUGCUGCUUGCAUAGCUCCUGCCAGAACCAACCCUACUGCCGGGGCUCACCUGAUCCACUGGAUAUUAUUGGUCAAAACCAGCAACCUCCCUCACAGCAAGCUGCCAGGUCUUUCCAUGAUCGAAUCAAGUUUCUUAUUGGACCCAACAGCAGUCAUGUGCUACCUGGGGAAAAUCCUUUCAACAGGAGCCUGAGCUCCGUUAUCAGAGGACAAGUGCUUACUGCGGAUGGAACACCCCUCAUUGGUGUAAACGUGUCCUUUCUGCACUACCCACAGUACGGCUACACCAUCACCCGGCAGGACGGAAUGUUCGACCUGGUGGCAAACGGUGGGGCGUCUCUCACUCUGUGCUUUGAACGUGUCCCCUUCAUCACUCAGCACCACACUGUGUGGAUCCCCUGGAAUGUUUUUCAUGUGAUGGACACCAUGGUCAUGAAGAAGGAAGAGAAUGAGAUUCCCAGUUGUGAUCUAAGUGGAUUCGUGAGGCCAAAUCCCAUCAUACUCGCAUCUCCUCUGUCCACCUUUUUCAGGUCAUCUCCUUCGGAGAGCCCCAUUAUUCCUGAGACACAGGUGCUUCAUGAAGAAACAGAGAUUCCUGGCACUGAGCUGAAGUUAAUCUACCUUAGCUCACGGGCUGCUGGCUAUAAGCCAGUUCUGAAGAUCACAAUGACCCAGAGCACAGUGCCAUUCAACUUGAUGAAGGUUCACCUGAUGGUGGCUGUGGUGGGCCGACUAUUCCAAAAGUGGUUCCCGGCAUCACCUAAUCUGUCAUACACCUUCAUAUGGGACAAAACUGAUGCCUACAAUCAAAAAGUCUUCGGCCUGUCUGAGGCAGUCGUUUCUGUGGGUUAUGAAUACGAGUCCUGUCUGGAUCUCAUCCUCUGGGAGAAGAGAACGGCUGUUUUGCAGGGGUAUGAAUUGGACUCUUCAAAUAUGGGUGGCUGGUCACUGAAUAAACACCACGUCCUGGAUGUGCAGAAUGGCAUCCUGUACAAGGGAAACGGGGAAAAUCAAUUCAUCUCUCAGCAGCCAGCCAUCAUCAACAGCAUCAUGGGUAACGGACGAAGACGCAGCAUCUCGUGCCCGAGCUGCAAUGGCCAAUCAGAUGGUAAUAAACUCCUGGCACCCGUAGCUUUGGCGUGUGGCAUCGAUGGCAGCUUGUACGUUGGCGAUUUCAACUACAUCCGCCGCAUCUUUCCUUCGGGAAAUGUGACAAGCAUUCUAGAGCUAAGCAAUAACCCGGCACAUAGAUAUUUCCUGGCAACUGACCCAGUGACAGGAGAUCUGUACAUCUCAGAUACCAACACCCGGAGGAUCUAUCAUCCAAGGUCCCUAAUUGGUGCUAAAGAUCUGACAGCUAACUCUGAAGUGGUAGCAGGGACCGGAGAACAAUGUCUGCCAUUUGAUGAAGCUCGUUGUGGAGAUGGAGGCAAAGCUGUGGAAGCUUCUUUGAUGAGUCCUAAAGGAAUUGCUAUCGACAAGAAUGGUUUGAUUUAUUUUGUGGAUGGAACCAUGAUCAGAAAAGUGGACCAGAAUGGAAUAAUUUCCACAUUGCUAGGCUCUAAUGACCUCACUUCAGCUCGACCCUUGACCUGUGACACCACCAUGCAUAUAAGCCAGGUUCGCUUGGAAUGGCCAACCGAUCUCACCAUAAACCCAAUGGAUAACUCCCUCUAUGUGCUGGACAACAACAUCGUGCUACAGAUCACGGAGAAUCAUCAAGUGCGGAUUGCUGCUGGCCGACCUAUGCACUGCCAGGUACCAGGCAUUGAGUACACACUGGGGAAGCAAGCAGUCCACACGGCUCUCGAAUCAGCCAGUGCCAUCUCCGUGUCAUACAGUGGUGUCCUCUACAUCGCAGAGACAGAUGAAAAGAAAAUAAACCGCGUGAGGCAGGUGACUACAGAUGGGGAGAUUUCACUGCUCGCUGGUGCACCCUCAGACUGUGACUGCAAGAACGAUGUCAACUGUGACUGCUACCAGACUGGUGACGGCUACGCCAAAGAUGCCAAGCUAAACUCUCCAUCCUCGCUGGCCGUCUCACCUGAUGGCACGCUGUACAUUGCUGACAUGGGUAAUAUUCGGAUUCGGGCAGCCUCCAAGAACAAGCCAGUGUUGACAUCCAUGAAUUUGUACAAGGUAGCAUGCCCAUCAGAGCAAGAGCUGUACAUCUUUGACAUCAAUGGCACACACCAGUAUACAAAGAGCCUGAUAACAAACGACUACCUCUACAACUUCAGCUACAGCAAUGAAAACGACAUCACUUCGGUGACAGACAACAAUGGUAAUACCGUGCGGAUCCGAAGGGAUCCCAAUCGCAUGCCAGUGCGAAUCGUGUCUCCAGACAACCAAGCAAUCUGGUUGACCAUUGGGACCAACGGGGGAUUGAAGGGCAUGACAGCCCAAGGGCAAGAGCUGGUUCUACUCACCUACCACAGCUACAGUGGCCUCUUGGCAACAAAAAGCGACAAGACGGGCUGGACGACUUUCUUCGACUAUGACAGCGAGGGCCGAUUGACUAAUGUUACAUUCCCCACUGGUAUAGUCUCAAAUCUCCAUGGAGAAAUGGAGAAGGCAAUAACGGUGAAUAUAGAGUCAUCCAACAGGGAGGAUGAUGUCACCAUUACCACCAACCUCUCUUCAGUGGAUGCCUUCUACACCCUUGUUCAAGAUCAGUUGAGAAACAGCUACCAGGUUGGUUAUGAUGGCUCCCUCCGUGUAAUGUAUGCCAAUGGCAUGGAUGCCAGCUUCCAGACAGAGCCCCAUAUCCUGGCGGGCACAGUGAAUCCAAUAAUAGCCAGACGUAACAUCACACUGCCUGUGGAAAACAGUCUGAACCUGGUGGAAUGGCGGUUCAGAAAGGAACAAACUAGAGGAAAAAUCAGCAUCUUCGGGCGCAAGUUGAGGGUGAAUGGCAGGAACCUCCUCUCCAUUGACUUUGAUCGAACAACUAGAACAGAAAGGAUCUAUGAUGAUCACCGCAAGUUUCAGCUGAGGAUCCUCUACGAUCUGUCAGGCCACCCCACACUCUGGUUGCCAAGCAGCCGACUCACAGCCGUCAACAUCACCUACUCGCUGACCGGCCAGAUCUCCAGUAUUCAGCGGGGCCCGUUGGGUGAGAAACUGGAGUACGACAACAAGGGCAGAAUCAUGUCCCGCAUGCUGACUGAUGGAAAAACCUGGAGUUACACAUACCUCGACAAGUCCAUGGUGCUCCUUCUGCACAGCCAGCGCCAGUACAUCUUCGAGUAUGACUUACUGGAUCGGCUGACUGCAGUCACAAUGCCCAGUGUCGCCCGUCACACCAUGCAGACUAUUCGCUCCAUUGGUUAUUACCGUAAUAUUUACAACCCCCCGGAGAGUAAUGCCUCCAUGAUUGUGGACUACAGUGAGGAAGGGCUGCUCCUGCAGACAGCUUACCUGGGAACAGGCCGGCGCGUGCUGUACAAGUACAGGCGAAUGUCGAAGCUGUCUGAGCUCCUGUACGACAGCACGCGGGUCAGCUUCACCUACGACGAAACUGCCGGGGUGUUGAAGACAGUCAACCUGCAGAGUGAGGGUUUUAUCUGCACCAUCAGGUACCGGCAAAUUGGCCCCCUGGUCGACCGGCAGAUCUUCCGUUUCAGCGAAGAUGGCAUGGUGAACGCCCGCUUUGACUACAGCUACGACAACAACUUCCGGGUGACCAGCAUGCAAGCUGUGAUCAACGAGACGCCCCUGCCUAUUGACCUGUACCAGUUCGACGACAUCUCUGGCAAAUUUGAGCAGUUUGGGAAGUUUGGCGUGAUCUACUACGACAUCAACCAGAUCAUUUCGACGGCCGUGAUGACGUACACCAAGCACUUCGAUGCGCACGGACGGAUCAAGGAAAUCCAGUAUGAGAUAUUCCGGUCACUCAUGUACUGGAUCACCAUUCAGUAUGAUAACAUGGGGCGGGUGACCAAGCGAGAGAUGAAGAUUGGCCCCUUUGCCAACACCACCAAGUAUGGCUAUGAGUACGAUGUGGAUGGACAGCUUCAGACCGUCUACUUGAAUGACAAAAUCACGUGGAGGUAUAACUACGACUUGAAUGGGAACUUGCAUUUGCUAAGCCCUGGCAGCAGUGCCCGCCUGACCCCACUCCGCUAUGACCUGCGUGACCGAAUCACCCGCUUGGGUGACGUCCAGUAUAGGCUGGACGAAGAUGGCUUCCUGCACCAGCGAGGAGGUGACAUUUUUGAAUACAACUCCAAGGGCCUCCUUACAAGAGUUUACAGCAAAGCAGGCGGCUGGACCAUCCAGUACCGUUACGAUGGCCUGGGGCGACGAGUCUCCAGCAAGACCAGCAUCGGUCAACACCUUCAGUUCUUCUACGCUGAUCUGAACUACCCGAACCGUAUCACUCAUGUCUACAAUCACUCCAGCUCUGAAAUCACCUCCCUCUACUAUGACCUGCAGGGUCAUGUCUUUGCAAUGGAGAUCAGCAGUGGGGAGGAGUUCUAUAUUGCUUCUGACAACACCGGUACACCACUAGCUGUGUUCAGUAGCAAUGGUCUGAUGAUUAAGCAGAUUCAAUAUACUGCCUACGGCGAAAUUUACCUGGACUCAAACCCUGACUUUCAGCUGGUGAUUGGCUUCCACGGAGGUCUGUAUGAUCCUUUAACAAAGCUGAUCCACUUUGGAGAGAGGGACUACGAUAUACUAGCCGGGCGAUGGACAGCCCCUGACAUCACUGUCUGGACAAAGGUGGCCAGUGACCCUGCACCGUUCAACCUCUACAUGUUCAGAAACAAUAACCCUGUGGGCAAGGUCGAGAAUAUCAAGGAAUAUGUCACAGAUAUCAACAGUUGGCUACUGAUGUUUGGGUUCCAACUCCACAAUGUUAUUCCUGGUUUUCCUGUACCUAAGCAGGGCCUGGAAGAACCUUCAUAUGAACUUAUAAAGAGUCAAGAAUGGGACGAUGAACCGUUUUUUUCUGGAGUACAACAAACCAUAGCGAGACAAGCAAAGGCUUUCAUGGGCCUGGGGAAAAUGCCAGAAAUUCAGACAGGCAAACAUCAAGCCAGUGGACAGAAGCCAUGGCUCUGGUUUGGAACGGUCAAGUCUCUGGUUGGCAAGGGGGUCAUGCUUGCAUUGAAUCAAGGAAAAGUGACAACCAAUGUGCUCAACAUUGCAAACGAAGACUGCAUUAAAGUUGCGGCCGUGCUAAAUGGAGCAUACUACUUGGACAACUUGCAUUAUACAAUCGAGGGCAAGGACACUCACUACUUCAUCAAAACUGCUUCACCUGAAAGUGACCUUGGCACUCUGCGGCUGACAAGCGGACGCAAGGCAUUAGAGAAUGGCAUCAACAUCACUGUUUCCCAGUCCACGGCUGUGGUGAGUGGCAGGACUCGAAGGUUUGCCGAUGUCGAAAUACAGUACAGCGCUUUGUCCCUCCACGUUCGCUACGGGACGACCCUGGAUGAGGAGAAGGUUCGGAUACUGGAACAGGCCAGGCAGAGAGCUCUGGUGAGUGCUUGGACCAGAGAACAGCAGAGAGUGAGAGAUGGUGAGGAAGGAAUCAGAUUAUGGACAGAAGGAGAGAAGCGACAGCUGCUGAGCGCUGCCAAGGUGCAAGGAUAUGAUGGGUACUAUGUACUCUCUGUGGAGCAAUAUCCAGAGCUAGCAGACAGUGCAAACAAUAUUCAGUUCUUAAGACAGAACGAAAUAGGAAAGAGGUAACACACAGGCUAGUUGGUGGCUGCCAAAGAGAUAAACUUAACACUGUCUUCUUUUUCUGGGAGAACAGAAUAUUAGUUUUGCUGCCCUUUGUUAACACAUGGUUAACUGAGGAAACUGAAAUGUAACUGAACCUUGAGAUAGACUUCUGUCCAGAUCUAUUUGUAGCACAUGUUCUUUCCUAGAGCUGUUGAACUUGUUGGAACUCUUUUCUUUUCCUACUCGGCUGGAGCCUACAAAGAUGGAACAACAUGGUUCCUACAAACAGAAACUUCAAAACACCCUUGAUAAACAGGAUUGUCAACUGCUUCAAAAAUUAAUUGUUUACAGUUGAUUGACACUACAUUCAGACACAAAGUUGGACUAACAUGUAAAAAGGAAAGCUUAACUGUUUUGUACUUGGCCAAAUCUGUUGACUGUUUUCUGUUGUUUAAGAAACACUGUAAUAAGCAUUAGAAUCAGUGUCCGGAUACAGAAACUGUGUAUUAUGACAUGAGUAAUCUUUGCUUACCAGAAAUAGUCUUACUCUUUCUUCACAGUAAAUGCUGUAAACACAUUGGACCUGUGGCACAGAACAAACUCAACAGUUUCAUCACUGUAUUGUGGAGUGGAGGGCCUCCUCCUGUUUUCAACUGUGCUGCUUUAUACAAUGACAAUUUGUGCAAAGUAGUAUUGACUCUGACAACAAGAGACAGUUGCUCUUCUUACUUUUUGCAAUGCCAUGGGAUUUGCCUUGGGAAGUUACACAAACGUACAAGAUCACCCUCACAGCAAAGCAAAGGAAUUUUUUUUUUCUUUUUUGUAAAGUGUGUGAGACCAGUACCUUAUGGAGUUUUUAUAUGAAUUCCAAUUUACUGUUCAUCAGAUACUAGUCUCAAAAGAUGUUAAUUUAUGUAAAGU